AUGAAUCGAUCUAAUGUUCAUCUUCUGGAUCUGCCGAAUGAAAUAUUACUUACUAUUUUGAGAAAAUUGAAUAAUAUAGAUGUUCUUUAUUCAUUAUUGGACAUUAAUAAUGGACGACUUGACAUCAUCGCGCAAGAAAAGACGUUCACUAAUAUUCUCAAUUUCGUACAUAUUGAUGAAAUUUCUUUAAUUGAUCGCUUCUGCAUGUACAUAUUACCAAGAAUUAAUCAUAAUAUCAAAUAUUUCAUUCUUGAACCAAAUUUCAUGGAACGUAUUCUUCUUGCUGCCGUUUAUCCAAAUCUAACUGAACUUAAACUCUUAAAUUUCGAACAACAAAUUGCUUCAAAAUAUUUUACAGAUGAAUCAUCGCUGCGAUCUGUUUUUCAACAACAAAUUACAAGUCUUAUUCUUGUUACUAAUGAUAAGAGCGCAAGAGUAGGUUCAUCGAAAGAGUAUACAAGAAAUGUAUAUGCGUACAUUUUGAAUUUCUUCAAAAAAUUAACACAUCUGAAUAUUAUUGGACCAUAUGUUAUGUUAUGUCCAGGUUUAUCACUUCGUGAUUUACCGUCGACUACUUUUUAUUCUUCAAUUUUGACUCAUUUAUGUAUCAUAGUAGAAAAUUUUGAUGAUUGUCUUUAUUUACUUGAUGGUCGACUCAAGCAAUUGACGACAUUUAAUGUUAAUGUUUAUUCCAUAGACACUUCGUCAACAAUUGUUCACAACACGGACAUGUUACCUAAUCUGAAAUGUUUCUCAUUAAAAUCUUACUUUCGAAAUCAACAAUAUGAAAAAAUACCAUCGCUUCUUCGUCGUAUGCCUUAUCUGGAACAUUUAACUUUAUAUCUUUCUAUAAAAGGUCGAAAUAGAAUCAUCGAUGGUACUUGUGUUCAAGAUGAUAUUCUUGUUCAUGUGCCACAACUUCAUUCAUUCACUUUCUAUAUUAGUACUUAUAUUGACAUUGGAGACUUAUCUCAUAAUUUAUCUCAUGAACAUAUCCAGCAAACAUUGAUAAAUAUCGGACAACAAAAUGCGACUUCUAUCAUCAAUAAUCUUGGUACAUGCGUAGUUGAAUGUUCAAUUUUCUCCCUGCCUUUCUCAUUUGAUUAUCUGCUAUAUCUUGGCAAUAUAUUUCCAAAUAUUGUAUUCAAUUAUGUGACAUAUUUACUUGUGCAAGAUAGAGACGGAUUUAAACAUGAAUUCUUCGUUCGAAUCGCCCGAUCGUUUCCAUUACUUAAGUAUUUGCGUAUUUACAAUAUCAAACCGCAGGUAUCAACUGAUCCUACAUUAUCAUCUGACCAUAGCCAAUUAUAUUCAAUGAUUGAAUAUCCGCAUCUUAUGUCACUUGAUGUGGCCUAUAGCAAUAAAUGUUAUCUUGAACAAUUUCUGAAUGAAACAAAGGCAUGUGUACCGUGUCUAAUCGAAUUGGCAAUGUCUCAGUAUGACUUAAAGAUUGUGACAAACAACUUUACAAGAGAAGAAACACGACGGAAUUGUGCUAAAGUGAAACAAUUAAUUUCUAUUCAACCAUUGGAUAAUUCGCAAGAUUUGUAUCAUUAUUUUCCUUCGUUAUAA